UUUUUAAGCUGACUUUGUUGAAUUUUGACUUUGUUAUUGAGUAAUAGUCAAAUGAACAAAGAUGACUCUCAGAACCGACUCUCCGAACCGACUCACCGAACCGACUCUCCGGCUCCACAGCGCCCUCUGGCUCUUCCAAAACUUUCUGGUGUCCGUGCGAUUUCCUCCUCCUCCUUGUUUUCACUUCCUGUUUUGUAAAGGGAGUCACUCAACAUAGAUUGGUUCAUUUCAGCUUUGCAGUGGUGUCUUUUUCCUUAGUUUCAGCUCCAGCCGCUUUACUGAAAGCUACAAUCUGUCUGUUUUUCAUGGAGGAUGGAGUGAUGGACUGUCUGCUCUCCGCGGCCCUGAUGGAUUUUACCUAGAUGUUUUGCUUUGGCAGAAAGCUCACUGCUCUUCUCUUUGCUGGAAUGAUUCUGAAUCCAGUUGAAAACUUUGCAGCCUUUGUUUAAAAAAAAUCAGCCAUGUCACAGCUGUAGAGGAAGUGCGUCGCGGGUUUGCACCUUCACCCUGUUUUGUUUGUGCGAACUUUUCUUCUUGUACUCUCUCUCUCUCUCUCUCUCUCUCUGUGUCUUUUUUUUAAUCGAUCCGGUGCUGCGCGUUGCCAUGGCCGAGCUGAACGCGGCGCUGUGCUGCUGCUGCCGGAAGGCGCUGCCGGUGCCCGGUAAAGCGCGUGACGGGGCUCGAUCACUGGGUCGCUGCCGGCUGGUUGACGUCGCCUCGGCGUCCAACUUCCACAGCUUCUCGCUGCGCCACUUCCACCUGGACCUGCGGGUGAACUUCGGGCUGAAGAGGAUCACAGGCUGGCAGGUGCUGGAGCUGGCCACGCUGCAGCCCGGGGUUCAGUCGCUGGUGCUGGACGUGCACCCGUCUUUACUGAUCCACUCUGUGGACUGCAAGAUCCCAGGCACAUCCGGAUCUCCAGAUGUCAUCUUCUCGCUGUCCUACAACCUCGAGCCGUUCACCGAUUACGGGUCCUCGCUCCGCAUCGCGCUCCCCGCCGCGGCCAUCCGGCCACACCGGCCCUUCCGGGUCACCGUCCGCUACACCACCACAGAUGGACCCGCGAUCUGGUGGGUGGACACAGAGCUAACGUGUGGUCAGACGCAGCCAUUGGUCUUCACUCAGGGUCACUCUGUGUGCAAUCGUUCCUUUUUCCCCUGCUUUGACACUCCAGCUGUCAAAAGCACCUACUCUGCUACCAUCAGGGUUCCAGAUGGAGUGACGGUGCUAAUGAGUGCCUCUAGGAGUGUGUACUCUAAGCAGGACCGGCUGUUCCAGUUCUCUAUGGAGUACCCUGUUCCUGCCUACUUGGUGGCCCUGGUGGCUGGAGAUCUACAGCACACUGACAUCGGGCCCAGGAGCCGUGUGUGGGCUGAGCCCUGUCUCCUGACCUCUGCUGUUAGUAAGCUGGGAGGCAGCGUGGAGCGCUGCCUCAAUGUGGCCGAGCAGCUCUUUGGCUCUUAUGUGUGGGGCAGGUACGACAUUGUAUUCCUCCCUCCUUCAUUCCCUAUCGUGGCGAUGGAGAACCCGUGUCUCACCUUCAUUAUCUCCUCCAUUCUGGAGAGUCAGGAGUUCCUGCUGAUCGAUGUCAUUCAUGAGAUCGCUCACGGCUGGUUCGGAAACGCCGUCACCAACGCCACCUGGGAGGAGAUGUGGCUCAGUGAGGGACUAGCCACGUACGCACAGAGACGCAUCACUACAGAGGUUUAUGGUGAAGCCCUAACCUGCCUGGAGACGGUCUUUCGUUUGGACGCGCUGCACAGACAAAUGCGUCUUCUUGGAGACAACAAUCCAGUGAGCAAGCUGCAAGCCAAGUUUGAGCCAGGGGUUAACCCCAGCAGUCUGAUGAAUCUGUUCACCUAUGAGAAAGGCUUUUGCUUUGUCUCGUACCUCUCACAGCUCUGCGGUGACAUCAAAAGAUUUGACACUUUCCUCAAGGCCUACAUCGAGCAGUUCAGGUUCAGCAGUGUGGUUGCUCAGGACCUGCUCGAUUUCUUCCUGGGCUUCUUUCCUGAGCUGAAGGAGAGCUGUGUAGCGCAGCGAGAAGGGCUGGAGUUUGAGCGCUGGCUGAAUGAGUGCGGCCCUCCUCUGUGUGAGCCGGAUCUUUCCGCUGGCGUCAUGUUGACUGGGCCUGUCCAGCACCUCUGUGAACUCUGGGGCAUGGAGUCGCCGGACCGCCAAGCCAUUGCGACCUUUGACCUCUCCACGUGGAGCACCUUCCAGACCGUUCUCUUCCUGGACCGACUGCUGGACCGCUCACCUCUGCCACAAGAAGUGAUGAGUCUGCUAUCGAGCUGCUACUCGGUUCUGCUGGAUGGCAUGAACGCCGAGGUGCAGAUUCGCUGGCUGCAGGUCGUAGUGAGAAACAGCUUUUAUCCUGACCUGCAUCGUGUUCGCAGUUUCCUGCACAAACAUACCUCGCGCAUGUACACAGUGCCUCUGUAUGAGGACCUGUGUGGAGGAGUUCUGAAGUGUUUCGCUGUCGAGGUGUUUUACCAAACGCAGGACCGCUUACACCCCAACCUGCGCAAGGCGCUGCAGCAGAUUCUAUUCCAAACCAGUGCGGCGAGCACCUCUAGCACCCCGGCCCUGGUCGGCCCACCCCAGUCCACUCCAUCGCCACCCCCAGACCCACCCACUAAUGGGACCAUGGCCCUGCUAGAUGUCAACGUGUCCGCGUGACACUUUAGAGAGCCGCAGGGGACACAGAGUAAGUGAACUGAGAAAAGAAUGGAGAAGUUCGUCGCAGGAGGCCUGCCCAUGUGCGUGUGUGCGUGUGUGCGUGUGUGCGUGCGUGCGUGCGUGCGUGCGUGUGCACUCUCCAACACUGGGAUUUUUACAUGCACCUUCAAAAUUCAUGUUCAAGCUGCUCAGGUUUUGUGGAAUGAAGUUGGGGAUGGACACCAUGGACUGUGUUUAAAGAUGGUUUUUAUAUAUAUAUAUAUAUAUAUAUAUAUAUAUAUAUAUAUAUAUAUAUAUAUAUAUAUAUAUAUAUGUAGGUAUGUAUGUAUAUUGUGUGUGUGUGUGUGUGUGUGUGUGUGUGUGUGUGUGUGUAAGACUGUGCAUGAGGGUGCAUAUGGAUGUGUCAGUUACAGAUUGCCAUCUGUCAAUUCCAUGUUAAUGGGUGUGUGUGUGUGUGUGUGUGUGUGUGUUUGCACUCUACCUAUGCACUUGUUUGAAUGUGUUUUGCACCCUUGAAAACUCCCACGUGCCGCUGACCUCAGAUCACAUGACGUGACUAUUAAUGGACUCCAUGUCAGAGACUGGAUUUAAAAGCCAGCUAAUGACACGUGAAAGCUGCUCAUGGAUUCAAAAUAUACUUUGGCCAAAAAUGAAAGGUACACAAUUUUCCUUUCAAUGCAGAUGUAGAUCAGCCAAGGCAUGUUUGGUGUCCAAAGUUGUCUUCUUCGUCUUGAUCUUCUUCAUCCUCUUCUUUGUCUUCUUCUUCUUAUUAUUCUUCUUCAGGCUGAAGCUCUACAAGGAGCCAUAGAAGCUUAUAGCCUCCACUUUAGCAUUGUGCAAACUACAUUCCUAAAUCACACCCCUGUGUCAAAGCCAGCAAGUGGUUAAAGGAAAACUCCACCCUGAAACACAUUAAAUAUGUUUAUAUGGAAAUAUUAGUGAUGCUGGUGCUAAUCUGUUGGUUGGUGCUGUGUGAGGAGUUAGUGGUUGUCUGCUGCACUGACAUCACAAGACGGCAUUGUUAUUGGUUACACACUUACAGUGGUGUUUAAUAGGACAAACAUUUUCAACAAUCCCAGACAAAAGGAAUGACAGACAGGUUUCACUGUUAGCUUUUCUGACUCACCAUCGUCCAGCAACAUUCGAUGUCAUAUUAAUGAGAAAUUAGUGAGUUAGUGGUGACAUUGGUGCAAAAGUUGGACUCCGAGUUCCAGAAUGCAAUGCAGCUACACAACAUAGCAGUGCUGAGUUACCACAGCUCGGGUAGUUAGUGAUCUACGCAGAGUGCACAGAUGAGGUGGGGAGAGAGCUGAACAGACUAAAGGAAUAAAGCACUGCUGCAUCACUCUCUUUAAGUAGAAAUGAAGCAAAGGUUAAACCCCACUGGCUUUAUUUUCAGCAGGUCGUCGAACAGCAUUGUGGGUAAUGUAGGAAACUAAAGUUUAAAAGUUGAAAAAUGUUUAAACUAAAAAAAAAGUCAACUCAGAAUUUCAUUAUUAAAUAGAUCUUGGAUGCAAAUGAAGGUUAAUUAUAAAUAUUAAUAUGCAAGUCGUUCAGGGUGGAUUUUUCCUUAAUAGACCAUUUUAAAGCCAGAAACACUUUGUUCCUCAGCAAAUAAUUUGGUGUCACUCCGCACAAUCGUUGACUUUAGUAAAAGCUCUGACCUGAAGUUAUUGUGAAUUGUGUGAUUUGGAUGAUCUUGUAGCUGUGAUAUGUAUCGCAUAUUAAUUUUAAAAUAGUAUUUUAGCAAAGUGUGUACAAAAGGUUUUACUAAGUCAACUGAUUUGUGUUGAAGAGAGUGCAUGAUAGGUCAUUUGGGCUAUAAGCUUCAGUGCAAACCUAAAAAAAAAAUCAAACAUGAUCCAAUGCUUUUGUUAAGUUGAAAUUGUGUCAAAUUCAUUUUUGGCCAAACGAUCACUUUUAAACUGAAGAGUCACGUGAAAGCACGUUUGUUCCGUCAUAUUCCAGAGGAGUCUCGAAUGAGUCUGGCUUCCUCAUGAGGACGAUGCCUUAAAUGCAAAUUGGAUAAAACUCUCUCAUCUUUCUUAAAUGGUUUGUUUGAUUAUCCAAACCUGGAACCCCUUUCGCCUCAUCUUACCUCGAUUCGACUCUCAGGUGUGUCAGUGCUGAAGUGACGGAGACACGUCUGUGCCUUUGAACGAAAGCUUUCAACACUCAUAAAUAUGGCUGCCCAAAACGACCAGCAUCUUCGUUGUAGCCAUAUCUGGGACAUUAUGAUGUCAGUGUUGGAGAGAAAUCUCCUGCAGGUUUCCUGUAUAUCAUGCACACUUUAUCAUUCUGUUUUCUUUCUUCUAUUUUUUUUGUGUUAGAAAUAGGAAAAGUGUGUUAAUUAAAACUUUAAACGAGAUGGGUUAUUGGUUUGCCUCUUUUGCUUUUAAAUGUCCUGAUUAUGUAACAGAUUUUCAUGUCAACACUUUUUCCUCGACCCCAUGUUGUAAUUUUUGUUAGUGAACUUGAAUGCCUUUAAUAUUAGAAGAGGAGAGAAAUGCAGAAUAAACGCAACACAGUAAAUGCAAAAGAGGUGGGUGGACUCGGAUUUAGAGAGGGAAAUGUCAUUGGAAUGGGUGCUAUUGGGUCAGUGGAUGGUUGGGAGCUGAGUUGGUGUGUGUGGAUCAACAUCAACCAUCAGUGGCCUUAAUAAGCCAAGCGAAUACUGGUUUGGUUUCUGUUUUACAGAAAAUAAAUAUCAUGAAAAUGAG